AUGGCUGAAAUACUGCGGCAGCGUGCUCGGCAUUACCCAAACUGCUCAAAAAUGGUCAAGCAAGUCGAGAAAAUGCAGCGCUUCUACAAGGACCUUCAACCUUCGGUCAAAAGAUACACACAUGACAAUGGGCAUUCUGAAGACUUGGCGAAUCUCAAUGGCACCAUUCCAGCGUAUUACAAGGGCAAGCAAUAUAAUUUUCCGAUCGAAAUCUGGCUUUACACGAGUUUUCCCGAGAGUGCACCGCUUGUUUUCGUCCGGCCGACAUCUACGAUGAAUAUUCGCCAGGGUAGACAUGUCGAUGCAAAUGGAAAGGUCUACCUUCCCUAUCUGAAUGAGUGGUCCGCAUCACGAUCAAAUCUGAAUGGACUUAUUGGCGUAUUAGCGACUUGUUUUGGCUCUGAUCCUCCCGUCGUUGCUCGUUCUUCAACCGCUCCGCCUGCUCGUCCUCCUCAACCAACCGCAUACCCUCCACACUCAUCCUCAAGUGCUGGCUAUCCCGCUGGACCUCCGUCUAGCGGCGGCUACUGGGGCGCUCAGAAUAAUUCAGGCUAUCCUUCUCAGCCACCAAGCUACCCCGUGCCUACAAGUGGUGCUGGCUAUCCCCCUAGCAAUGGCUACCCACCGAAUAGCAGCGCUGGUGGAUAUCCACCGCCUGCGUAUCCGCCAAGCUCAGGUGCUGGUGGUUAUCAGCCUUACCCGCCGUCUUCUGGAGGCUAUCCUUCCCAACCCUCACAAGGGCCAACACCAUAUCCUCCAGCUCCAAAAGCUUAUGGUGGGACUCAAGGAAAUUCUAAUUAUGGUCGAAGUGAUUCUGAUACCAUUGCCGAGGACGUGAUUCUGAUGUCAAUCCGAGACUCGACAAAUGACAUUCUAAAACGACGCUUUGCUGACGUCCAGGCUCAGUCAAAGAGCGAAGUGGAUACACUCAAGAGCACUGAAAGCGAGCUAAAACAUGGCAAAUCAAAACUCGAUGCAAUGAUGGGGCAAAUUGAAAGCGAAAGAGCUUCCUGCGAGGACGAACUUCGACGAUGCCAGAGAAUGGAGGAAGAAAUGGACCGAGAACUUCAAUCACUCGAGGAGUCGCAAGAAAUCAACCCAGAAGAAAUCAUCACGCCGUCGAAUCCAAUUUACAAGCAGAUCUUUACACAUCACAAUAAAGAACAGGCCAUCGAAGACGCAAUAUAUUUCCUGAAUAAAGCACUUUUGCGAGGCAGUAUUGACGCUGAUACAUUCCUAAGAACCGUCCGUCAGCUUUCACGACAGCAGUUUGAGCAUAAAACGAUCGUCAUCAAAGCCCGAAAACGCGCAAAUCUCGCUUGA